AUGAAGAUCAGUGCCAGACAUGGCGCCCACGUCUCGCACCAAGUUUCGGCUUUUUAUUUUUCGCAGUCGCCCAACCAAAACAUCGAGACGUUUCCUGCUGAUCCCCCUGUCAAGAGGGAAAGUGAAAAAAUGUCUUAUCUGAUGGACAAGGAAACAUGGAAGAGUUUUGAUUGGCCGAUUUUCUCGCACUCAUUAUCGGCACGUCAGAGAAGUUAUUUCGACGAUCUUGAAUCUGAAAUCUCGUUUAUUUUAUAUGACCGGACAAGAAUGCUAUUUCUCGAGGGCUUCAAUUGUAUUUCCAUCUCCCUGAUGCGUAAAAAAUUGGAACUUGUAUGGGGUACCCACUGGCUGCUGGCCAUGGGUGGAGAACACUGCGGUGAAUUAAUUGGGCUCAGUGGUUCAAAAUACUUCCAGAAUCCAUCCGCCCGUCUGACUUCCUGCGAAGACGUGAAAAAUGGACAGCAGGCACGGGGUGGAAAUAAGCUUGGGGCAAAGGGUUAA